AUGCUGCCAAACAUAUCAAAAAAGACUUGGGCGUAUGUGACACUUAAACAAAUGAUUGAAGAGAAUGCACCACGUGAUGAUAUCGUUACUCUAGCAAUCGAGAAUGGUUUUGUUACAGCAUACACGUCUAUGGUAGUCACGAAGGAAAACUUCAGCUGGGACUCACCUGAGGAAGUCAAAAAAACACCCAAUUUGCCAGUGAUAAUCACAACUACUUUGCCUCCGACAACUACAACAACUACAGAACCUUCUUGGAAAGGACAUUUUCGCGGGGCUAUCUCUAUUUUUAGUGUGCAACGCAGUAUCGUUCAGACUUAUCAGCCUAUUGUGCCUCAUUUAUACGAAAUUCCAGCUGUUAUUGUGAAGCCUUACAAAUGUGACCAGAUGCUAUGUGUGACUCAAGAUAUGGUUUGCGCGAAUGUUACCAAACUGUUAUUAUUGAGAGAUAUACGAGCAAACGUAGAAAUUUACAGUUAUCCUUUGGAAAACGACAAUUGUAUGAGAGAUUUCAAGAAAAUCACUAUUCAAGCACAAAGAAAGUAUAUUGAAGUGACACCUUCCGUUGCCAUAAUUAACGGAAAAAGGAUUAACAUGACAAAUCGAUCAUUGACUCGCCUGAAAUUUAAUAAUUUCCUUCAGCUCAAUGUCUUUUUCAAUCGAAGACAAACACAACCUACUGUCUCGGUUCAAUUCAUUGUCUUGAACGAAAUGCAUAAAGCCGCGGGUUUAUAUAGUCAGUACAUGAAAAGUUUCGAUUGUAUCCUUCAUUCAAAGGAAACACUGACUUUAAGUCACAUGCGACGCGAGUUCAGCAAGGUCACUUUUAAUGCACUGGAAGAAGGUUUAAACAGCUGCUACAAGUAA